AUGUGCUACACGGUAGACUGCGAAGGUCGGUGCAAGUUCAACCACGUCGCCGCCGCCUACAUGGCCGUCGAGGCAUGCACCGAUGCCUGGAACCCAGACAAGAAGUGCAAGACCCUCGUCCUGCUCGGGAUCCUGCACUGUUUGAUCCCCGUUGCCCAUUGCGAGACUUGCUGCAUCAUCGCCUCGCCGCGGGAGACGUCUCGGCUCCUCGUCGAUAGCUGUGACGCGAGAAUCAGGGAGCUUCUGUUCUGGGAGGAUCGGCCAGCCAAAGGUGCCGACCCCGUUGACGAGUGGGUGAAGUAUGUGAAGCCCGACGCCGGGAUGGAAUGCUUGAGGUCACCACCUUUGCUGGGUACGGGAUAUGAAUAG